AUGGGAAAGGAUAAUAAAAAUUCAAACUCCUCAACGGAUGUAAAGUAUUACGUGGAAAGUCUAUAUUCGCUCAAUGAUCUCCAAAAAUUGAUGUCUAUCAACACAAUCGCGGCCUUCAAAGAGUCUGGAUUAAAGUGUGAUCCCAGCGUGUCAUACACCAGGAUCUUGUUCUACUUGUUGCUAAAUUCUAUUGGUUUUUAUACGACAUUCUUCCUCCACAUCGAAUCUUCGAAGCGUUUGCUCGAAAUAGCAGUUUUUACAUACUUUUCGCUGCUGCUUGUCUUAACAAUAUUCGAUAAAAUUGUCCUCAAAGGGGCCGCCUUGAGGCUACUAUUAAAGAAGACAAAGAUCCUGGUCAGUACUGCGGUCAAUUGGAAAGAGGGAACUUUUGAAAUUAAAUAUCGUCAAGAAGGAAAAAAUUCUCAAGAAAAGGUGCAUGCGAUACCACUAGGUGAUCUAUUCUAUACUGAUGGAGAAUGCGAUUAUGUGUACUUUAAAAAGGAAAUAGAAGCUUUGAAUCAUACACUUGUUUCACUUGAUAAAACUGAUUAA